AAAUUAUUUCCCAGAGCCCGGAUUAGUGUGAAGCAGUGAGUACUGCAGCGGCUGCCGUCGCCCCUCCGCCGCCGCCACCCGAGGCAAGCAGCCCAGACACUCCGGCCGGGAAGAUGGAAGGUGGUGCCCCAAAGCAUAUCAUCCAAAUGACAGGAUUUAAGAUGGAAGAAAAGGAAGCUCUAGGCAAAUUACUUUUAAAACUAGAUUGCACUUUUAUUAAGAGUGAGAAAUACAAAAAUUGCACACAUCUUAUAGCUGAACGCCUGUGUAAGAGUGAGAAAUUUUUAGCAGCUUGUGCAGCAGGAAAGUGGGUACUAACUAAAGACUACAUAAUUCAUAGUGCCAAAAGUGGCAGAUGGCUUGAUGAAACAACUUAUGAAUGGGGAUAUAAAAUUGAAAAAGACUCCCAUUAUUCACCUCAAAUGCAGUCUGCACCUAAAAGAUGGCGUGAAGAGCUGAAACGCACUGGUGCUCCAGGAGCCUUCCACAGAUGGAAAGUUGUCCUCCUUGUUAGAGCUGAUAAACGCAGUGAUUCUCUUGUAAGGGUUUUGGAGGCUGGAAAGGCAAAUGUGAUUUUACCAAAAAGUUCACCAAGUGAAAUAACUCAUGUGAUUGCCAGUAACGCAAGAAUCAAUGCUGAGAAGGAAAAAGAUAACAUUAAAGCUCCGUUUUAUCCAAUUCAGUAUCUUGGGGAUUUUCUUUUAGAGAAAGAAAUUCAGAAUGACGAAGAUUCCCAAACUAAUUCUGUUUGGACUAAGCAUAGCAAUCAAGAAAAAAACAAAGAUUUUGGGAGAGAUAUGGGAUUUCUUGAAAUAAAAGGUGCUUUACGAGAGACCAUGUGUAGAACUCAGAAAGAAAUGCAAAAUCAUGAGGAAGAUGUUUGUGGUAGUUCUGUUUUGAGUGAACAUCACGAAAAAGUAAAAUUCAGAGACUCCAGUAAAGAUCUGAAAUUUGUCAAAAUGAGAAAUACCUUCAGAAGACAUACAUACGGAAAUCAGAAAGAAACUAAGAAAAAAGAUGAAGAUAUUCAAAGGAGCUAUACUUUGAGGAGAAAACGCAAAAAAGAAAGUGAUUGCAGGAAUGACAUUGAACAUGACACAAUUAAAAGUACCUUAAGAAACCACAUAUAUUAUAGAGAUCAGAAAGAAAUGAAGCAUUCUGUUUUUGCUGAUUAUUCCAAAGAAUCAAAAACCAAGGAUAUCAGGACAGAUGUGGAUAUCACUGAAAUAAAAAAUGCCUUAAGGAAGCACAUAUAUAGAGCUCAGGCUAUCAGAUACAACUGCAUUAGAAUAGAUAAACAACCAGUAUACAAUGUAGAGAUUAAAAAUGCUGAAUUUCCCAGAGGUGUGUCAAAUUUAAUUGAAAGCCUCAUAGAAGGACAGUUUUUUAAAGAAGCCAUUGAGGAACUUUCUUCUUUGCAAGCACAUUAUAUCCCUCCUGUAUGCCUUCUUCAUGCUCUUCUAGAGAACGUUUUGCAGGAUAACAUAGAUACGUUUUCUGGUCGAUACUUUCAUGUAUUGUCAGCUCUUCUUCACCUGCACCCUCCUUGGAAGUCGCCAGCCAUGUCGAGAUACUACUUAGAGUUGUUUCAGUGUCCGACGUGUCUCAGAGGAGCCUGGUCUCUAGUGGAAGUACUUAUCAGGUCUUGCCUCUUCAAUGAAAGUUUUUGUCAUCAAAUUUCAGAGAAUAUUAUUGGCUCUAAGGUGCUCCACCUUACACUGCUCAAAUUUUUCUUUAAUUUAGUUGAGAGUGAAGUACGGCAUUUGAGUCAAAAGUUGUAUGACUGGUCGGAGUCUCAGAGUUUGAAAAUAACAGGGAAGGCAGUUCUUCUUGAAAUCUUUUGGUCAGGAAGUGAGACCUCAGGGCUUUUGACCAAACCAGUAAAUAUGCUUUUGGAAUGGACUAUCUAUUCUCACAAGGAAAAAUGCAAGUCUAAUGAUGUCUUCAAACAUGAACUCGCUUAUUUGCUGACUGGAAUUCUUGGAGCGGCAGUAGAUUAUUGGGUCUUUCUUGGUCUGAAGAUGGGCAGAAAUGUGAUGCGACACAUGUCUGAUGACUUAGGAAGUUACAUUUCCCUUUCAUGUGAUGACUUUUCUUCACAUGAAUUAGAAAUCUUCAUUUGCUCCUUUUCCUCUUCCUGGCUUCAAAUGUUUGUUGCAGAAGCAGUCUUUAAAAAAUUGUGUUUACAGAGCUCUAUCAGUAUUUCUUCUGAGCCACUCUCUCUUCAGAAAAUGGUAUAUUCCUAUUUGCCAGCUUUGGGAAAAACUGGUGUGUGUGGGGCUGGACAGUUGCAGAUAUCAAAGAAAAUAGGACAGCGGCCUUGCCUUGAAUCUCAGAGAGCCUUACUAAUGCUGAAUGGUGCUAAGCAGAAACAAGUUGAAGGGCUGCCAGAACUAUCAGAACUGAACCUCGCUAAAUGUUCCUCAUUAAAAAAAUUGAAAAAGAAGUCAGAUGGAGAAUUGUCAUGUUCCAAGGAGAAUUGUCCCUCUUUAUUCGCAAAGAUGAAUUUUCGCAAGACUAAUCUAAAAGGAGAAACAGUCCUGCAUAGAGCUUGCAUAAAUAACCAAGUGGAGAAAUUGAUUCUUCUUCUCUCUUUGCCAGGAAUAGACAUCAAUGUUAAAGACAAUGCUGGCUGGACGCCUUUGCAUGAAGCCUGUAACUAUGGCAACACAGUGUGUGUCCAGGAAAUUUUGCAGCGUUGUCCAGAGGUAGAUCUGCUCACUCAUGUGGACGGAGUGACUCCUUUGCAUGACGCACUGUCAAACGGACACGUAGAAAUUGGCAAGCUGCUACUACAGCAUGGGGGCCCAGUGCUUUUACAGCAGAGGAACUCUAAGGGCGAGUUGCCCUUGGAUUAUGUGAUAUCACCUCAAGUCAAGGAAGAACUAUUUGCUAUUACAAAAAUAGAAGAUACAGUAGAGAACUUUCAUGCUCAAGCAGAGAAACAUUUUUAUCACCAGCAACUUGAAUUUGGUUCAUUUUUACUUAGUAGGAUAUUGCUAAAUUUUUGUUCAAUUUUUGAUUUAUCUUCAGAGUUCAUCUUAGCUUUCAAAGGGUUAACUCAUCUAAAUGAGCUGCUUAUGGCUUGUAAAAGUUAUAAAGAAACCACUACUGCUCAUUCUGAUUGGUUAUUGGAUCUUUAUGCUAGAAAUAUAAAGACAUUACAGAAACUCCCAAGUAUUCUUAAGGAACUGCCUGAAAAUUUGAAAGUGUGUCCCGGAGUACAUACUGAGGCCUUAUUAGUGACAUUGGAAAUGAUGUGUCGGUCAGUCACAGAGUUUUCAUGAUAAUGCCAAAAGGCAUGAAUCAUUUUUUUAAACAUGAUCAACUUGCUUUGUCAUUUAAUAUAGACUUCAUAGCUUAUUGACAAGUAGUAAUUUGAUUUAUUUAUUGAUUAUUUUGUAGCCUUGCUAAAUUAUAAAAGCACUUAAAAAACUUACACAGAACUAAAGUAUGGGUUUCUUUUUCCAGCAUGUAGAAUUUGACUCAGAAGUUUUAAAAAAAAAAGGGGAGGGAGGUUGGUUAUAAAGUGCUUUCAUUAAUCUUUAAAAUUUUUGUUCUGAAAUGAUACUAUUUAUUUAUAUUGUUUAUGUAAAAAUUAGUUUAAAAAUUUUUUUCAAAUCAAAAUGUAGUGGCCU